AUGGAAGACGUAGAGAAGUCCAGAGUCCGUCGAGAAAUCUCUUCGUCAUUCAGGAUCAAUGCCCUUGAGGCAAAGAAGGAAGUGUUAGAUAUUUGCGUGGAAGCGAUAUAUAAAUUUGAUAAAGAGAAGCGAAAGAAAUGGAUGACGAAGAUUGUUGAGACCAUCAGGAAGCAGUCACUUUCCACAUCGGUUGUCACCCAGGACGUUAUACGUGAAGUGUUUUCACAAAUUUCUAAUCGAGGAGCGCAGCAGAGCACCUCGUUGUUUAACGUGUUCGAUUCCUUCUCUAUACGUCGAUUUGUGUUCGAUGCAAAUUGUCGAAAAAUGAUGUCCGUCGAUGAACCUCCCAAAGUGAUAUCUACAGUCGAUAAGGCUACUGAUGCAAUCAGACACAGGUUCCAACUCGUUACUCAGCGAAUAGCACGCUGUAAACAACUACAAAGCAUCAAGUUUACUACAAUAGAGACCUUGCUAGGGAGCGCACGUGUGCAGAACGAUGUCAUUGUUAUUGGCAUGCUCACGCAACAGAAGAGUCACUGCUACCAUAUUGAGGACCUGACAGGAUCAAUGCAGGUUGAAUUCAAUGAUGGAACCCGAUUUCAACACGCAAUGCUUCACCCUGAAGGAAGUCGCAGCAAAGUUCUUCUCCACGAGUUCACAAGCUUUUCUUUUGUUUUUUUCCUCUUUUUCUUCCUUGUUGUUCGAUCCGCAUAUGUUGUGCAGGGUUCAUACGAUUCAUCUCUGCUCACCGUCCGAGAAGUUGCGUCUGUACCACUGGAAUCAGCUGAAGAAACGCGAGCAGUUUUCGGCAAUGCAAAUUGGUUCGGUGGGGAUGAUCCCAUCGCAUUCCGUUGUAAUCCGAAGUUGUGUGUGGCUGAAAGAAGCAAUCCAAACGCUCAGAUAGUGUUUCUGUCGGAUGUACACCUGGAUGACUCUAGGGUGAUGCAAGCAGUAUAUCACAUGCUGUCGGGAUUUUCUGCUGACGCACCACUGGCUUUCAUAUUUUGUGGAAAUUUCUGCUCACGAUCACGACAACCGGAUACUAUGGAAUUACUCCAUACUGGUUUCCGCAGGCUCGCCAACCAACUAAAUGACUUCGCUUCUUCCUUCACUUCCACUCACUUUGUGUUUGUUCCCGGACCGGACGACCCAUGCCUAAAUAUGAUGUUGCCCCGCCCUCACCUUCCGAGUGUACUGUUUAAAUAUUUGGAGCAAAUUCCGAAUUGUUUCUUUGCAACGAAUCCCGUCCGGAUACAGUACGCCAGUCAAGAGAUUGUGGUUUUCCGUAACGAUCUUGUUGAGAAGAUGUGCAGGCACGCCGUGAAUGCAGUCGCAUCUGAAAACAUUCCAAAAAGCUUCGCUAAAACAAUUUUGAGUCAGGUGCAUCUAUCACCACUGCCUGCGCAUGUGUCUCCUGUGCUCUGGGAAUUCGAUCACGUGAUGAGCUUACACCCAUUGCCUGAUCUGCUCGUUGUUGCUGACAAGUUCCGGUCUUUUGCAGAGAUUCAAGCAGAUACCGUUGUGUCCAAUCCGGGCUCGUUCUCGAAUGGUUCCUUCGGAUUUCACGUUUAUCUGCCGUUUGAACGCAAAAUUGAAGACAGCGCCAUAGACCUACCAGCAGAUCGGUGA